CACUCGCAGCCCAUUUUUGGCUUGCUCCGGUUGUUCUCUUCUGCAAGGAACAGAACUCGUAGCAAUGGUAUUUGGCAGCUGCAGCCGCGUCUCAUUGAUGCUGGGGAUCAUGGCGCAGGCCCUGGGGCACCAGGGUGCCGGCCACGCGGGCUGCUUCGUGCGCCGGGGGAACGAGAUGCUCGCAGUGAAGCUCACCUACGAUGGUCGGAAGUACGACAUCCCUGGAGGGCAGACGAAUUGGAAGGAGCCGGCCUCCCGCACCGCGGUUCGAGAGACCUGGGAAGAGUCCGGAUACCGCGUCACCGCAGGCAAACACUUGGCCACCGUGCGCGGGGGAUUCCACAUCUACGAGUGCUUCCUCGAGGACGGAAACCCCGGCAAAGGGCCGGACCAUGAGAUUUCCGAGGUCAAGUGGAUGAGCAAAGGUGAUGUGCAGCAUCAGAUGAACCGCGGCAUGUGGCGCUUUCAGCGUUCGCAGGCCUACCUCUACCUUCGCUGGCUCGGUGGGAGAUCCUCCACUGAGAGCACGAACACCUCCGAGGUGGCACAGAACACCUCGGUGCAGAUGAUGCCAAAUGCCACCAAUGCCACGGAGGGCCCACGCAGGCUGUUUUUGCUCGUAUAGGCGGGACCCGAAGUAGAAAGUGUGUAAAAGCGUGUGAGGGGGCGAGUCCUGCGGCGGUGAGGAAGUUGGAGAAGCAGCGCCGCUACCGUGGCGGCAUCAAGUCAGGUACCCGACAGUCAGGUAUUGAGCCAUUUGUUCGAUAGAGCCAUUCCUCCGCUGCUUGGAACCGCGUGCAUGGCCGUGACACCUGCGCCGUUUCGACGGACGGAACGGGCGAAUGCGGCGAAUUCGAAACUUGGAGAGGGUCCUCGAUCGAAGUACGACUUCCGUGCGG